AUGCCUGACGAGAAGUCGCCAGCCAAGCAACUCCUCGUGCUAUUUGAGGCUGCUGAGGACGCCAGAAAGCGCGCUUUGAAAGCCUACCGCGAUCUCGUCGUUGUCUCCAACUAUCCACCCCACCAGAUGCUGAAUUUUAGCCUGCAUAACCUGCAGCGUCCUCAUUUGCCUCUCGAUGGAUUCUUCGUCUCAAAGUUCGAUGAUCUUUCGAUAGUCGGGCAUUACAUUUCAAACGCAAUGUCCAAGAUCGAUGAAGAAUCAGCAACCGAAUAUGAACAGAUCAACAGGUCGAUUCGUGAAGAAGAACAUCUACUGAUGAAUAAGGAGUUUGAAACCAGAGUCGUCGGACUUCAGUCACUAGGCUUCAAUUCGGAGACGAAAUUAAUGUCCUACCAACUGAACAUGGCCCAGUCGAGAUUGAACAUUGCUAGACUCAAAUACAAGCAGCGUCUGUUUGUUCAUAAACAUGUCUCGCCGGGUUGCGACGAUAGUUUCAGGACUGUGGAAAAGCCUGCGAUGGAAAACAGAAGGCUGUUGAUAUGUAUGGUUGGAGGAGCGAGUCUACUUAGAAAGUUGGAGAGGUAUUCGAACGUUGUUCUGAUGAAUGCGCCCUUUGUCCACGGCACAUUCCCACAGUUCAAGAUGCGUAUGCUGUAUUCGAGUCUGUUCAAUUUUGAACACAGCAAAUCGUGCUUUCGACGACUUACCUGGCUGAAUUCCAGAUCCACACGCUCUAUAAAACUUCUCAUGUACCCGAAGAAAGACAUUGCGAAAUCACACUGGCAUCUGGAGAGGAGUUUUCGUUCUGCAGAAGCUCAAGUUGAAGAGGACGCGGUUGAAGCUCUUACUCAUGCACCUAUUCUUCCACUGUACAACAGCCAGACUCCAAUGACUCGGACCGUGGAGGUCUCAACAUCAGUCAAAGAACCAAAUGCUCUUUCAGAGAUUUACUCCUCGGAUCUUACUCGAAGAUCUUUUGUGAAGCGUGCGUGGAAGAUUCUUCCCAUUAAGAUGGAUCUCGACAAGCGCGUAGCUCGACCUGGCCUUGUCGUGGAGAAUACAACUAAGCCUGCCGCCGAAGAUCGUUCAGAGCACUGA